GAGAAAAACAUUACACACGUCAGUGUCAAAGUACCCUUCGUAUUUAAAAUUUACGCUAGUCACAAAGUACGCACAAAUGGUUCGCGAAUUAUCGAUUAUUGGUUAAUUUAUUCAUGCCCGCAAGUAAACGACGACGAUGACGACGACGACGCCGCACUGGCCACCGCUGUCGGUCGAUUCGGACUUCGUCGGCCACAACACGCGAGCCGCUGCUACAUUAUAUGUCGUGCUAUAGUUGGCCGAGGACCGCGUCCCGGUGGUCGAGCUAUGCCAUUAUUCGCAUGACUUCGUCAAAGGGCUGCCGUUAAUUCAUCGUGCACCUUCAUGUCGGACGUCGAGACGGAUUCGGCCGAGAAGCGGCUGAAAAUUGUGCUCGUGGGUGACUCCGGUGCCGGUAAAACCAGCAUCGUCCAGAAGUUUUGUAACAACGAUUUCACCAGACAGUACGUACCUACCGCGGGCAUCGAUUUCUUUCUUAAAAACAUCUCCAUCGGUUGUUACAAGAAUGUUAAUCUACAUCUCUGGGAUGUCGGUGGGCUUGCUCUGCACGGGAACAUGUUGGACAAAUACGUUUUCGGAGCACACAUUAUUCUUCUGGUGUACGAUGUCACAAACAGCUCGAGUUUCGAUAUCUUAGAAGAAUGGCUCAAUCAAAUCAAGAAUUUCAUUGACACUUACGACGAAGCGCCUCUGAUAGCGGUAGUAGGUAAUAAAUGCGAUAUGGAGCAUCAAAGAACGGUUAAGAGAGAUAGGUCGCAUCGAUUUGCCGCGGAAAACGGAUUUCCAUAUCACGAUAUGUCCGCGAGAACCGGAGAAUCGGUAUCUUUAUGCAUAGCAAAUUUGGCGGCGCAGAUUUUGGGUGUCCGAUUGACAAGAACGGAUCAAGACUUUCAUAAACCUAUAAUUAUUGCUGAAAUUGGAGAUACAGUAGAUAUGAGUUCAAUACACAGAGUGGUAAAAAGAAUUCCCAAGAAAAAACAACAUCCAAUUGUAUUUAAUCCACGUUUUCCUAUCUCGAAAUCCGCGGUGUGUGCAUUGCAAUGAUGAUCAUCAUAUAGCUUAGAACGUCAUUUCUAGUUGAAUAAAAUAAAUAUGAAUUUCUCUAACGUAAAUGUAAGAAUCGACAAAAAUUGUACAUACUACGCGAUUGUAGCUAUAAUAUGUAUAGAUAAUUAUAUUUAUAUACUAUAGAACACUCUUAUAUUUCAUAUGUAUUGUCUCAGACAAUUCAAUAUUCAAUCAAUUUAAUAUUAUAAUUGAUACAUAAAUUCCAUUUAUUUAAAUAUGCAAUCGUAAUAGAAAAUAGUACAUAACCAUCAAGAAUGUAUUGUAUGUUUACAGUUAUUCCACUUGUAUCAAUGCAUCAAAUGAUUUGUCUAUCGUACUUUUUAAUUUAUUUAUUAUGUAUAUUAAUAACAGAUAAAAAAAUAAAUAUUAUAUUUAUGUAAUAUGGGGCCAAUGAAUAAACAUAUGAUUAUAGAAUUUCUACCGUAGAUUUAAAAACGGAUUUAUUAAUCAUUUCACUUCUCUCGUUAAUUAUGCUAAUAAUUACGUAUAAUUCUAUUUAUAUAACAACAUUAAAAAUACUUUCACACAUUGAUAAUAAUUAUUAUAAAAUAAUAAUAAAGCGCAUAAUAUAACACAAAGACGAGUGUAUAUCUUAAAAAUGUGCAGACUAAUCUAAAAUUGUUAGGAAGAUUUAUUAAAUAUUAUGUUAUUAGGUGCGUUCAUCGAAAAGUUGUAACUAGAGAUUGAAGACCCAAUAUAAAUAAUUCUGUAAGGUAGAAAUAAAAAUUUCCAAUAAAGCUACUUUAUUAAGUUAUACUUUGGAAGAAUAUAUAAAAGCACUCUAAAAUACUCUCUUUAUAUUCCUUUUAUACUUUACAAAUAUCAUUAUACCAGAUAUUUGAGCUUUUUUAAUAAAAUAUUACUGGUUUCAAUAGUA